AUGGACCUAAUGAACGGACAGUCAAGCAGUGUUAAUAUUGCGGCUACUGCUUCAGAGAAGAGUAGCAGCUCUGAAUCCUUGAGUGACAAAGGUUCAGCUGAACUGAAGAAGAGCUUUGAUGCAGUGGUAUUUGAUGUGUUAAAGGUUACACCAGAAGAAUAUGCGGGUCAGAUAACGCUAAUGGAUGUCCCUGUAUUUAAAGCAAUUCAGCCAGAAGAGCUGGCAAGCUGUGGCUGGAAUAAAAAAGAGAAAUACAGUUCUGCACCAAAUGCUGUUGCUUUCACCAGAAGAUUCAAUCACGUAAGCUUCUGGGUUGUUAGAGAGAUUCUACAUGCACAAACUUUAAAAAUAAGAGCUGAGGUUUUGAGCCACUAUAUUAAAACUGCGAAGAAACUGUAUGAGCUGAAUAAUCUGCAUGCUCUUAUGGCAGUUGUGUCAGGCCUACAGAGUGCUCCAAUCUUCAGGCUGACUAAAACGUGGGCGUUAUUGAGUCGGAAGGAUAAAGCCACCUUUGAAAAGCUGGAGUACGUUAUGAGUAAAGAAGAUAAUUACAAAAGGCUUAGAGAUUAUAUCAGCAGCUUGAAGAUGACUCCUUGUAUUCCCUAUUUAGGUAUUUAUCUGUCAGACUUGACGUAUAUUGACUCUGCCUACCCAUCAACAGGGAGCAUUCUGGAAAGCGAGCAAAGAACAAAUUUAAUGAACAACAUUCUUCGAAUUAUCUCAGAUUUACAGCAGUCGUGUGAAUAUGAUAUUCCUCUGUUGCCUCAUGUCCAAAAAUAUCUAAACUCAGUUCAGUACAUAGAAGAACUACAAAAGUUUGUAGAAGAUGACAAUUACAAACUAUCAUUAAAGAUAGAACCAGGGACCAGCACCCCCCACUCUGCUGCUUCCAGAGAAGAUUUAGUAGGCUCGGAAGUUGGAGCGUCUCCACAAAGUGCACGGAAAAAUGUUGCAGCUGAAGGAGCCUUGCUACCACCAACACCCCCUUCGCCUAGGAACCUGAUACCACAUGGGCAUAGGAAAUGUCAUAGUCUGGGAUACAAUUUCAUACACAAAAUGAAUACAGCUGAAUUUAAAAGCGCAACAUUCCCCAACGCAGGACCAAGGCAUCUACUGGAUGACAGUGUCAUGGAGCCUCAUGUCCCAUCCCGAGGGCAGGCAGAAAGUUCCACCCUUUCUAGUGGAAUUUCAAUAGGUAGCAGUGAUGGUUCUGAACUCAGUGAAGAGACUUCCUGGCCAGCAUUUGAAAGGAACAGGUUGUACCAUUCUCUCGGUCCGGGGACAAGAGUGUCACGAAAUGGCUAUCGAGGCCACAUGAAGGCCAGCAGCUCCCUAGAAUCUGAAGAUUUGGCUGUUCAUUUGUAUCCAGGAGCAGUUACUAUUCAAGGUGUUCUCCGGAGGAAGACUUUGCUGAAAGAAGGCAAAAAACCUACAGUAGCAUCUUGGACAAAAUACUGGGUAGCACUGUGUGGAACCCAACUCUUUUACUACGCUGCAAAAUCUCUGAAGGCCACAGAGAGAAAACAUUUCAAAUCCACGCCGAGUAAGAAUGUGUCAGUGGUGGGCUGGAUGGUGAUGAUGGCAGAUGACCCUGAGCAUCCAGAUCUCUUCUUAUUGACUGAUUCUGAGAAGGGAAAUUCAUAUAAGUUUCAAGCUGGAAACAGAAUGAAUGCAAUGCUGUGGUUUAAACACCUGAGUGCUGCCUGCCAAAGCAACAGACAACAGGUUCCUGCCAACUUGAUGACCUUUGAAUAAUAGGCUAUUUCAAAACAAAAAAAGAACAAUUUGAACCAUCUCGUAAUUGAGAACGAGGUCCUGAUGAAAAAUGUGCCAGCUGUAUUCUGUGCCAGAACAGAGCCUGUCAACUUGAUCUCUGAACUCUGGAGCCCUGAACAAAAUCACUAAUGGUUGGGGAGAAGAGUCCCCCAAAUUAAAAAUGGAGUUGCAACAUGAAUUGCCAUGGACCAUGCUUCGUUAUAUUCUCUGAACUGACCUGUGGAAACCACUGCCUUAAAGAGUGAGAGGAAAAACAACAUGAAACACCAAAUAGUGUGUGUGAAACUUCUGGCGGUGCUGUGCUUGAGUUAAAUAGAUUGUAGCUAGUUUGAAUUUCUUUUAACUUUAUACUAAUUUUGAAAAUAACUCACCUUUUUAGGCAUUCUUAAGAAAACAAGUAGACUGGUAUUUAAGAGUUGUAUCAAAAGCUAUGUAUGAACCAGGUAAAAGAGGUACUUCACAUUCUAGAGAUGUUGUUUAGACUGUACCAGGAGUUCUCAAUGGGAGCCUGUCCCAGGCACGCUUAGCCUGGAGCAUUGUUAUUUCUCUCAGACCUAGAAGUACAAGAAAUGUAACACCUGCAAGUUUAAAAUAGCAGUAAGUUUGCAAACCUUAGUACUGUAUGGGAGCCAUAUUCUCUACAAGUGGCACAAAGGCUGAGCACUUACGCACCAAAAUUUUUUUUGGUACGUAGUUCCCUAAUUCCUGGU